GGGUACCGUAUAAAGCCUAAUGUUUGGAGUCUAGGCAAGUAGUCCUUUGCUGGUGAAGAAAGAGAGCGGAAAGGAUGGAAACUGAAAACCAGACCUUAGAUCGAAUCAAGUUGAAGUUAAGAACUGGCACUACUUCAACUACAAAAGCUCAGGACACCACAAAGAAACAUCAGCAGAACCUGAAGAGACAAAAAGACAUUUUGGCUUUCCGAAUGCGAAAGCUGUCAACGAAGCAAAACGACUUCAAUAGCAAGACUGCCACUCUUAAAGAGAAGAUAAAGAAGAAAUAUGACAACAUGAAGAGGGUUUUGGAUGAAGAUUUGAAAAUAACACUUUGCCAGUUGGAUGCUGAGGCUGAAGCCAUUGAGAAAACUAUUGAGGACAACAUUGAAAAGUGUUACCGCCUCACCCAGGAAAUCGAACAACAGCUGUCUGAACUCUCUACACAUUUGGAGAAACAUCAAAACAAGCAUUGCAGCAUUUUUUUUACAGUGAAGCUCUCCUGCACCCAUGACUCGUAUCUCCCUCUCCUUUGCAUACAGAUGGCAGAAGUGGAAGAAAGGAUAAUGGAGACCCUAAAGAUGACCGAUCCAGAAUUCAUACAGAUGGAUGAGUUUAAGAAUAAGCAGCUACUUAGUUUAACCAUCAACCUGUUGUUGUUCAUACGCUCUCAGGUUCCUGUCACCAAGAAACUCUUCCAAAGCUAUGCCCAGCAAGUCAUUCUAAACCCUGACUCCGCUCAUCCGAAACUUCUUAUUUCCCCCGAGGGCGACUCAGUCACGUAUACUGAAACCUGGCAGGAAGUACCUGAAAACCCUUCUCGCUUUGACACCACCCUUAAUGCGAUUAGCCGACAAGGCUUCAAGGAUGUCCGCAACUACUGGGAGGUGCAGGUCACUGACAAGACAUACUGGGAACUGGGGCUCACAUACCCCAACAUUCCUAGAAAAGGAAGAGAGGAGGACUGCUGGAUGGGCCGAGGCCCUACAUCCUGGUGUGUCGAGUUUUUCAAUGGUGACUACACAGCCUGGCACAACGGUGUUCCCCAUGAGCUCACCAACGUAACCGGGAGAACCUUUCAACGUAUUGGUAUCUUCUCCACCUCGAAGGGAGGUUUGGUUUGUUUCCUAGGGGCAGACACCAUGACACCCCUAUACAGCUUUUGUGCAGGCACCUUCACAGAUUCCCUCUACCAGGCUGUCUGUCCUGGCCAUGACAACCAGGGAACAAACUGGAAACCAUUGUUAAUUUGUGAUGCUUCAAGAUAUGCCCCUGUUUUGUGAUGUACAUCCAAUGAGGCAAAGAGUCAGAUAAGCUUGGUUUUCUGACCUAAUCAAAGGGAAGCAUAAAUAAAUGUCUUAACUUUGUUGACAAGU